AUGAGUCCGGGCUCGCUGUUCGGUCCGCUACGCGGACUGGAUGCGUUUGGACGUACCACGGACGAUGUGCGCAUACGCACGAACGUCGGCGCCUUCCUCACGCUGCUAAGUGCACUGGUCAUUGCCGUGCUCGUGGUGACCGAGUACAUGGACUACCGGCGUGUGCAGACGUCGCCGCGGCUGGAGGUCGAUCUGAGCCGUGGCGAGAAGCUGGCUGUCAAGCUGAACAUCACGUUUCCGCGCGUCCCGUGCUACCUGCUCUCGCUGGACGUGGUCGAUGUGGUCGGCGAGAACCAGCUGGACAUCCACCACGACAUUGAGCGGCGCCGCCUGGACCGCAAUGGCCGGCGCAUCUCGCACGAAGUGGAAAAAGAGCUCGAGAGCGAGGCGGCGCGCAUCGCGGCUGAGCGCGGCCCUGGCUACUGUGGAGAGUGCUACGGCGGCGAGGCGCCGGAGUCGGGCUGCUGCAACUCGUGUGAGGAGGUGCGUGAGGCGUACGCACGCCGAAACUGGUCGUUCGCGACGCCCGACGAAAUUGAGCAGUGCCGCCAGGAGCACUGGUCCGAGCACAUUCGUGAGCAAAACCACGAGGGAUGCAACGUCGCCGGCGAGGUGCAUGUGAACAAGGUGGUCGGCAACUUCCACCUGUCGCCCGGGCGCACCUUCCAGCACAACAGCAUACAUACGCACGACCUAGUGCCGUACCUGCAGGGCAGCGGCGACGAGGUACACCACUUUGGACACAUCAUCCACGAGUUUAGCUUCGGCGCCGUGGACGAGUUUGCCAUGGCAAAGACGUCGCGUGCGCGCCGCCACGGCACGCUGAAGGAGCGCCUGGGCGUCAAGGAUGCCCUGGCAGACACGCGCAUGCACACGGAGGAGAGCAGCUUCAUGUUCCAAUACUUCCUCAAGGUCGUCCCGGUGGACGUCUACCGUUUGAACGGGUACCAUGCCAAGACGUACCAGUACAGUGUCACGUCGUACGAGCGCGACCUCGGGUACGACCCGACGCUGCGGGCGGACCACCCUAGCGACGGCAGCGGGCACGUCAUCAAAAGCGUCGAGGGCGUGCCAGGCGUCUUCUUCAACUACGAAAUCUCGCCGCUGCGUGUUGUGCAGACCGAGUGGCGGCACUCGUUUUGGCACUUUGUGUCGAAUCUGUGUGCGUUGGUGGGCGGCAUUGUCACGAUUGCAGGUCUCGUCGACGGCCUUAUUUACCGCUCGCGGCGACAGUUUAACUGGAACGGCCCUUCGUAUGGCGACGACACCGACGGUCUCGGGAUGGAUGCCAAGCUCCUGUAG